AUGUGGAAGGCGGUGGUGCUGGCCUUGUGCUUGCUGGCGUCCGGCGUGCAGGCCCUGGAGGGGAACCCCACGUACGGAGUCAAGUUGUGCGGCCGCGAGUUCAUCCGAGCGGUCAUAUUUACCUGCGGAGGGUCGCGGUGGAGACGGGCAGCGAGGAGUGCAGGUGACCUUCCCCAGGACCCUUUCUCAUCCCAUGAUGACGAGGCCUCCGAAGGCUGGAGCACAGAGUCGAUCCCCGGACUUUCCUACCCACAGCUGCCCGAGAUGGAGGCCCCGGGCUGGGACAGAGACGGGCACGAGGGGGCCUUGCUCAGCCGUUCGGCGCGUUCCCUCAUCUCCGAGGAAGUGCUGGAGGCCCUGCGGACCUCAGACAGGAAAGGGCGUGAUGUGGUGGUGGGCCUCUCUAACGCCUGCUGCAAGUGGGGCUGCAGCAAGAGUGAGAUCAGCUCACUAUGCUGA